AUGGAAACAAAGCUCGCGCAUCCUGUUCGAGGCAAUCCCAUCGCUUCGGUGCGGUCCGACCGCUAUCCAAAUGACGAAGAAUUGAUGUACUACGCAUAUAUCUCCUAUGGCCUGCUCGUUCUACAGAUCUGUGUCUAUACCAGGAGCUUUGUUCACAUUUCCACGAUGGCACUGUUAUCUGAUCUGCGCAUCUUCAAUGGUCAGCCUGUGCCAAUCACAGGUAUUCUUGUGCUUGGUCUCCUGGGGUGUGGGCUAUAUUUUGUUCUGAGAAUAGGGAGCCGGGACAAGAGACUCCCACCUGGUCCUCCGACAUUGCCCAUCAUUGGGAAUUUGCACCUGGUUCCGAAGACGAGUUUAGCAUUGAAGUUGAAAGUCUGGGGCGAGCAGUAUGGAGGCAUCUACUCCCUAAAGUUCGGUCCUUCCACUGUUAUCGUGCUGUUCGACCGGAAAGCUGUCAAUCACCUUCUCGAUAAAAAGGGAGCCAUAUACUCGGAGCGCCCUUUCAACUAUGUCCCAGGUCUUGUCACGGGCGGGGAUAGCCUUGCCUUUAUGAACACGACGCCACUCUGGAGACAGGAAAGAAAGGUGGCAGUUCACAACCUCUCUCCUCGUGCGCUGGAAGGGCAAGUUGGUGAAAUUCAGCAUGCGGAGUCUGUCGUCCUGUUGUCGGACCUGCUGAACAGCCCUGAGGGAUACUACUCCCACAUCAAGCGAAUGACAGCUUCGGUGGCUUCGACAGUAGUGUUUGGUCAUCGAGGCCCCGACGCCAACAAUUUCUGGGCUCAUGCCGUGUACGACGCAAUGGACAACUAUAAUGCUUCUCUUGAAGUAGGGGCCAACCCGCCGGUUGACGAGUUCCCGUUCCUUCGGUAUAUACCCGACUCGUUGGCUUACUGGAAACGACGAGCCAAGGGCUCAUUCAAGUGCAUGGACGACACGUGGAACGAAGCCCGGAGGCAGGUCAACGUUCGCCGACAGAAAGGGAUCAAGCGUGACUGCAUCAUCGACGCUAUCCUGGACGGAGAGAAACACGGCGAGCUAGAGCUCAACGACCACCAGUUGAAUCACUUCAUGGGGGUCUUGGUGGAAGGAGGCGCGGACACGACGGCAUCCGCAAUGUUGACCUCGAUCAUGUUCCUGGCUAUGCAUCCCCAAUACCAGGAGAAGGCUCGCAAAGAGCUCGACGCCGUCUGUGGCACGUCCCGGCUUCCCCAGGUUUCCGACAUGGACCAGGUUCCUUACAUCAAUUGCAUCAUCAAAGAGGGCAUGCGCAUCCACCCAGUUCUCCCUCAAGCUAUCCCGCACCGUGUCCUCCAGGACGACUUCUACGAUGGGUACCUCAUCCCGAAGGACUCGACCGUCAUCCUCCCCAGCUGGGCCCUCCACAUGAGCGAGACCCGAGGCUACAAAGACCCCGAAGCUUAUAACCCGGACCGCUUCGUCGGCUUCAACAAGUUCGCCGACGUCUACGCCGGCAGCCCUGACUACGAGAACCGCGACCAUUACGGGUACGGGGCGGGGCGGCGUAUCUGCCCCGGAAUCCACCUGGCGGAGCGGACACAAUGGAGACUCACAGCCAGGCUCCUCUGGGCGUUCGAGAUCCAACAGAAAGUCGACUCGGUGACGAAGAAACCCAUCCCCAUCGACUUGAAGGCUUAUGAUGAGGGCAUGGCUCACUGUCCGAAGCCGUUCUCCGUCGUAUUCAAGCCAAGAAGCCCGGAUCAUGUCGAUGUGAUCAAGCGUGAAAUGAGUGACGCUCUGAAGUUUUUGGAGGCAUGGGAUGACUGAACGCCCGGUCGCAGAAAUUUGAACGCCUACUGACCGGCGCAGGAGAGGCUGACGUGCGGCUUGCUUUUUUCAAUGCUCGUUUCCGGUCCAUAGUUCGCUUUCGCCAAACUUUAAUCGCGGAAUCCCUGUUGAUUUUAAAGUGGGAGCCUAUCCAGAUGCAAAGACCGUGC